AUGCCGGCGCAGCCCCGCCCGCCUGCUCAGUCUCGCGCAGUGGCUCCCGCGGGGGCCCUGGCCGCAUCUGCCGCGGCGCCGGCGGCCGCGAAUGCUCCUGCCAAGCGGGGCUUACUGGAGCAGCGCGUGGUCCUGGUUAGGGCUCGGCGCGAGGCGUUCGCCCCCUUCCGCCGCGUCGCGGCAGGGGGCAACAGCGGGAGUUAUAGCAGGGAACGCAACUUGAGGAACGCCACGAUAUUGACCGUGUGCGCGACGAGGGGUGGCCCGAGGCCGCGCGCGGCGCGCGAGCCAUUCCGGGGUGUAGACGCGGUAAACCGCCCGAAGAUGGCCGCCCGCACGCGCUCCGCUGCGCUCCGCACGGCGGCGGCCGCCGCCCUGGCGCUCGCGCUCCUCGGCUGCAGCUCGGGCUUCGUGGCGGCGCCCCCACAGCGUGCCCCCCAGGCCGGGCAGCCCCCGGCGGUGGCCGUCGGCGCGGCGCUGCUCGCCGCCGCGCCCAUGCCGGCCUACGCCGGCGGCAUGUUCGACUUCGGCCUCACCCUCCCCUUCGUGGCCAUUACGUUCCUGACCAUGAUGGCCACCCUCAACGCUCUGUGGUAUGCACCUGUCGGUGACGAGAUGGAGGACAGGAACGCCAAAUUGCUGGAGACACUGUCACAGGCGACAGACAAGCUGACCAAGGCAGACGCGAUCCAGGUGGAGUACACCGAGAAGAUCCGCGAGGCGCGCGAGAAGGCCUCGGCGGCGGUCUCGGACUACCGCAAAGAGAUCGAGAAGGGCAUCAAGGCGAAGCUCGCCGCCGCGACGUCCCAGAGGGCGGCCCAGGCCGCCGCGCUGCAGGCUAAACUGGAGGCCGAGGUGAAGGCGAAGAUGGAUGCCGCCGAGCCAGAGAUCGAGAAGCGCAAGUCGACCUUCGUGAAGGAGACCCUGGCCUCUUGCUCGCUGGCGUGA